AUGAAGCCAUCUCUUCUCUCUAUAAAUACAUCUAUGAAGCCAUCUCUUCUCUCUAUAAAAGACAACUAUGAAGCCAUCUCUUCUCUCUAUAAAGACAUCUAUGAAGCCAUCUCUCUCUAUAAAGACAUCUAUGAAGCCAUCUCUUCUCUCUAUAAAGACAUCUAUGAAACAUCUAUGAAGCCAUCUCUUCUCUCUAUAAAGACAUCUAUGAAGCCAUCUCUUCUCUCUAUAAAGACAACUAUGAAGCCAUCUCUUCUCUCUAUAAAGACAUCUAUGAAGCCAUCUCUUCUCUCUAUAAAGACAUCUAUGAAGCCAUCUCUUCUCUCUAUAAAGACAACUAUAAAGACAUCUCUUCUCUCUAAAGACAUCUAUGAAGCCAUCUCUUCUCUCUAUAAAGACAUCUAUGAAGCCAUCUCUUCUCUCUAUAAAGACAACUAUGAAGCCAUCUCUUCUCUCUAUCCAUCUCUUCGCUCUAUAAAGACAUCUAUGAAGCCAUCUCUUCUCUCUAUAAAGACAUCUAUGAAGCCAUCUCUUCUCUCUAUAAAGACAACUAUGAAGCCAUCUCUUCUCUAUAAAGACAACUAUGAAGCCAUCUCUUCUCUCUAUAAAGACAUCCUAUAG